GUUGAGGGUGCGGGUUGGGGGGAUGAGGUCGAGUGUGAAGGGGAGAGGUCUUGAAAGCGCGUUGUACUGCGUCGUUUCGAAUACGGGAACGGAGCGCUCAUUGAAGCUGUGAACGAUUUUUCCCCUAAAUUUGCCAUCGGCGAAGCUUGUGCCACAGCUUGGCUCGGCGUCUGACGAGUUGAUGAUCGGUGCAAGACAGUGGAAGCAUGUUUGAAAGUGCUCCAUGUGUUACUGCAACAACAACCAAAGUGGUUGCGGGGUUGAGGCUUCACAAAGAAUAUAUGUUCACUGUUGGAGGCAUUCUGAAGAUGAUGCAGAUGGUUCUUGGUCUCUGUGGCUUUCUCUGCAUCACCAUCUCAGACCUGAGCUAUCAUCCAGUGGCAACAUGGUACUACUUUGUCUGCCUCAUCAGCUUCUGGAGCUCACUCAUCAUGCUGGUCUGCUACUCCUUCCACAUGGUGGAAAAGCUGCACUUCCUACCAUGCUUGCAGAUUGAGCUGGCCUUCAGCUGCUGCUGGGCUGCACUGUACCUGCUGGCCGCUGCCCUCUCAGCCUCGUUCAGUGGAACGCCGUCGUGGGCCGCUGCCACGGUGUUUGCCUUUCUCGGCAUGUCCUCUCAUGCCUGGGAAGCAGCUUUGAAGCUGCGGGACGUCCGAGCCGGGGACAUGGCGCAAGGCCAGCGGACGGUGGCGACAUCCGGCGGCACGCUGCCGAAGUUCUAGUGCCGUGUCGUCCGCAACGGCAACGUCUCGUCUGCUGCCGGCGACCGACGUAGAAUCAACUUGCGGGUCAAUUUAUGGCGACGCUAUGGACGUGUUUGGGACCCCUCGUGAACCAUGAGCACUAGAUAGAUGGCCCAUCGAACAGUCGAUUACCGUGCACUUAUCGGCCCGGCCAGGUCCGAAUAGGGGCUGCUCAGUGGGUCCAGUCCAGUUCACACUCAGCAAGUCUGUGUACCCUUGAGCAUUGUGGUGUGUCAUGGCCCACAGGGAGCGAACUAUGAAAGCCCCAGUGUGGUACCCGGCCGCUAACGCCGUGCGGAUCUCGCGGGCCGGACACGACUAGUCAGUAUAUACCUCCUGUCUGUGAUACGUUACCAUAUACACGCGAUGACCGUG